GAGACAGAUUUCAGGAGAGGAAUACACAUUCUAACCAGCUUCACUGGAUGAUUGAAGGAAAGGCCCUGUGAAAAGUCUGUCAAGAUGAAGGUCCUUUUUCUAACCAUAGCACUAAGUCUGUUCUCCAUCCUCCAUGCUGAAGAAUCAAACUCUUCUAGAGAAUUGGGGGGCGUAUACCAUCUAAAUGCUGUUGUGGCAAACAAGGAAAUUCCUGGGGAGAAUCAUGAGACCUUCCCACCCAUUACCAUCACCCAACUUGAUAACGGUAAUGUGGAGGUCAAAUUUACCAUGAAGGAGAAUGACAAGUGCAAAGAAAUUAAAGUGAUAUUGGAGAAAACAGAACAUGCCAAUGAAUACAUCAUACAGGGGAACUUCCAGCAUAUACACAAAGUGCGUGUAACCCAGACCUCCGUGCCAAAUAAUUGGAUUUUUGAGUGUGAAGGCCACUUCCAUGGGGAACGGUUCAACAUGAUUAAACUUUUGGGUCCAAACACAGAAGUGGACCCUAAAGCUAUGGAAGACUAUCAGAAGUUCACAAAAGAGAGAAGCUGUGAUGAAAGUAAAAUCAUUUUCCCUGAGCAAGAAGACGCCUGUGUCCCAGAACAUGAUUAAGG